AUGUCACUUCAAUUAAAGGCCAGCAACAGAAAUCGUAAUAUAAAAUUAGCUGCCACGGCGGGUGCAGUUAUCAUUGGGGCAAGUUACAUUAUAUUAUCCACUUUCCCACAUUUGAAAUCUACUAUUUAUAACACUUUACUUGGAUCUAAGAAGCCAGAGGUCAAGGGCAACGAUGACAAUGAACCAAUAGAACUUAACGAAGAAUCCGCAUCCGAGUAUGAGGAUUCAGAUUCAGAUUCAGAAGAUCUUAGUAACAAUACUGAACCAUUGAAUGAUGAAAGUAUUGUUAACGUAGAAAAAUGGUCAGAUGAAAACUUGAAGAGUUGGCUUAGUGAGGUAUGUAUCAAAAUAGGAAAUAAAAUCGAAAACCAUAUACUAACAUAUCUAGAAAGAAAUCACUCCUCCGUCCAAUGCUUCUCAUAA